AGCUUUGGACCAGAUAUCAGUGAUAAGAACAUUCAAGCAUCCUUAAAUUCUGAAGUUGAAAGUUGUACAACCGACCAUAGUAACAACACUGAUCAAAAUGUUUUGAACUCUGAAAGUGAAACUUCUGCACAUUGUGACAAUGCCAGUAACAGUGCCAUCCAAGCACCCCAGGAUAGUGAAGAAAAUGACCUCCAUUGGUCAAGUGAAACUAAAGGCCAGAACAGUAAGACUGGAAGUUCUCUGUGUGAUACUAGCAAUAAGAACAUACAGGCAUCUUUGACCUCUGAAGGUCACAGCUGUACACACGAUUCCAGCAACAGCUGUGAUGGAUUGUCUUUGAAUGCUGAAGAUGAAAAAAUUAGCGUCAGUAAUGUUGUUAGAAAAGAAGAACCUCUUGUUUCUGGUUUAAAUGAUGAUCUAAGUAGUCACAAUGAUAAAAAUAGCUCUGAGUCUUCAAUUUCAGAACAGGAAUUAUCUAUAGAAGACAAAAGUCUACAGGUGUCUUUGAACUCAACACAGGGUGAUCUCAGUGAAAAACAGGAAACUGAAAUGGCAGAUGGCGAUCUGCCUGCAUCCGUCCAUUCAGAGCUUGGAUUUGUAACUGCUGAUUCACUAACAUCAGCAGAUUCUGUUGGAAAUGAGAGCAAGCAGAAACAGGUUUCUGUAGAAGAUGAAGCACCUUCUGAACUUUGUGCAGCCAAGACCCCACUGUCUGCCAUUACUGAAAUCACUUCAAAUGACGAAGUCUGCCAAAACAGUCAUCUAGAUUUUUCAGUUGAUAAUCAAAAUUCUUCAACUAACGGUGAGAAAUGUCAGGCCUUAUAUGACUCCAGUAUACCCACAGAAUUGUCAGAGACCCCUGAACUUGUAGCCAGCGGAUCCUCUUCUAAUGAGAGCUUUGAUAAUUCAGAACCAGUAGAUCCAAAUGUUAAGCUUUCUUCCACUGUCAGAGACUCUACGUCCAGUGUGGAAGGGUCAUUAAACUUGAGCCCUAUUGACCGUCAAUCAGAUGACCAGUCUGGGAAUUGUAAAGGUGAAAAAGAUCAAGUACAGGGGGAAAGUCUGGAUGACAUGUUCAGUCAGAUGGCUUCCAAGUUGGGCUGGUUAGAUGAUGGAGAUUUAGACUCUGCAAUACAAGAGCUUGAAGCAAAAGUAAGAGGUAAAAAAUGCAGCAAGUUAACAACAAAGAAAAAAGGAAACAAAAGCAAAUCAAAAAGUACUAGUUUGAAGGAGUCCAUGAACUCAGCCAAUCAGGACACCACUUCACAGUCAUGUGACUUCAAAGCUCCUUCCACUGUGCAGGAUAAAAGAUCAAAGAAAUCCAAAAAGGCCACCUCUGCCAAGACUACAGGAAAAGUGCACAAGCUAAGAAAAAGAACAAAGAAGGAAGAAGAAAAGUCUGAGUUGCCUUUGGCAUGUCAACUUUUUCCACAAUCCAAGAAAAUUGCUGUUGAUGACGAAGAGGAUGUCAAGAUGGAGUUGGAUUCCACAGACAAUGGACCCCAUGCUUUAGAGAGUCAAGGAAAUAGAGCCACUUUGGAAUCAACUUGCAAAACAGACAAAAGCCUCCAGGUGUCCUUGUGCUCUGAAAAUGAAAGAGGAAAUUCUACAGAGGAUUCCAGUAUCAAUUGUAUACCAGAUACCCUACAGCCUAAAAAUGACCGAGCUAGAUCUGUUCAGGACCAAAGUGAAGACUGUAUACCAGAUUCCUUGGCCCCUAAAGAAGAGGGUACAACCUCCCUCCUGAGUACCAGCAAAGAGGUGGUACCUGACACCUUACAGUCAAAGAAUGGGAGUUUCACCAUACCAGGUGAUUCCAGUGCCAAGUUUGUCCAAGAUUCCUUCUGCUCAGAAGACGUGGAUUCUUCUAAAAUCAAUAAUGACAUGGGUGUUCAAGAAUCACUUGACUUAGAGGAUGGCAUUGCCUCAGAUGAGGCUAACCAGAGAUAUGAAUUAGAUUUGAACAGGUAUAACCCUAAUGAAAGUCCCCAACAUGACAGUGGCACCCAUCCUUCAGUGGCUUCUAGAAAUUUACCAACAGCACAUGAGGCAUCCUAUGACACCCAAGAUGCUGGCAAAAUUCCUGAAUCAUCUGUAAAAUCGAGCUAUAGACUCGACUUCAGUGGAGUGGAAAUGGGGCAACACCUUGCUUCACACUUUAAUCGCAGAAAGCCUCGCAUAUCAGUGUAUCAUGAUGCCCUGGAUGUGGUCCCACCAACGUACAGUUCAGAGGCAAGUAGCAAUGAGGAGAACACAUUUCAGGAUGCCUUUGACACUGUGACAGGUGACCCAGAAAGAGGGCAUGGUGACAGUGAGACAAAUGGCAUGAAACAAGAGAAUGACAACUGUGUAAUAGAUGACAAGGGGCUGGAUGAUGAAAACAGUGUGACAGGUAACAAGGAACGGGAGAAUGACGAUAAAGGCAGAAGAAAUACUACCCUGGAGAUUUCUCCAAAUGAAUUUGAAGGUUCUGCGUCUGGGAAAGCAGUGAAUAUGGACCUUAAUCAGCUACAAGGUGGUCAACAGAAAAGCAAUCUGGGUCAUGUAUCCGAUGUUUCAAGUGACAGUUCCAGCCCAUGUGAAAAGUCUGUGUUGUCCAUAAGUGACAGUUUUGAGAAUUUGAAAAUACCAAAGAGAGAGAAAAAGAAGAUUAAACCCCAUGAAGCAUUAAACCCUCAUUUGAAGAAGAAGCAAUCCAAAUAUAACAAGAUAUCCGAUGAUUGUGACACUGGAAUGGUGCUUACUGAUGACGAAAGUGACAACAGUUUAGAUGAUGUUAGUAGUGUUGUGGAUAGAAUCAAUGGGUUUGAUAAUCAUGUAAAUAAAGUUGACAGUGAACAGAAUGAAUUUCAAGAUGCAGUUCAUAUGGACAGUCGGAAAGAGGAGUUGAAACAUGUUGAAGAAAAAGCAUCUCAGGCUGAUGAUUUAAGUGAUCUCUCAGAGUCUGACCUCUCCUCAGUUUCUCUUCAAGAACCAACUACCAACAAGAUCACCUCUGUUACUCAAAAUUCUACUCAAGAUACCCCAAAGUGUGCAGUAAGGGCAAGGAGUUCCAGGACUGUACAUCAUGACAGUGCCUCCAGUGAUGAUGAAGCAUUAGAAUCAUUCUUUUCAAAGAUGAAAACCCCAGUUAAGCCAAAACAUGUAUCUCAGGCUAGUUUGGAAGAGUUUAUCAUCUCAGAUUCAGACAUGAGUAGUGACUCUGAUGAUAGCACUUUCUACAAUUACACUGACAGCUUGCUGAAUCGUAUCACCAGCAGAAGCACUGGGAAAGGAAAGAGGAAGACAACAUCAAAGUUGCCCAAAGAUUUGAACAUCCUGUGGAACAAAAGACUUCUGAAGACUGCUGGAUACUGUGCUUACAAAAGAGUUAAAGGAGGAACAGCAGAGGAAAGGACAGCUAGGAUUGAACUGUCAGAUAAAGUUUGUGAUUCUGCAGAGCGAGUGAGAAAUACCCUGAUACAUGAGAUGUGUCAUGCAGCAGUCUGGUUGUUAAAUGGUAAAAAUGAUGGACAUGGACCAUACUGGAAAUACUGGGCUAAGAAGGCCAAUGUGGUCCACCCAGAUCUUCCAGUGAUUUCAAGGUGCCACACAUAUGCCAUCCAAACCAAGUAUACAUACAGGUGUACCAAGUGCAGCUACCAAUUUGGCCGUCACUCCAAGUCACUGGACAUAACCAAGAAGGUCUGUGGUCACUGCAGAGGGACUUUUGAACUGUUAAUUAACUCCAAAGAUGGCUCAAAGUCCACUCCGUCUACAACCAAGGCUCUGACGCCAUUUGCAAAGUUCGUCAAAGAAAACUACGGCAUCGUCAAAGGGGGCCAGAAAGGACUCCAGCACAAAGAUGUCAUGAGGCAGUUAAGUGAACAGUUUGCCAGCUCCAAAAUUGCAUAGACUGAGAUGGAGGCAGUUCCCAUUUGAUAACAUGGCAACAUGGCAUAUUCAUUGGUCCCAUUCAAAAAAGCUUUGUAGUAAUUCAUCAUAUUUGAUCCUCGGACUAGUUAGUCCCCUAUUCAAUGGUGAACUAUGCUUAGGGUUAACAAACUCAGGUAGGCAAAGUGUAUUUGACAGCAUUCAGAACAGACGAUCUGCAGACUAACUGAUCCGCGGACUAAAUAUGGCCAAUUCCACUUAAAAGAAAAGCCACUUAAUACCCUAAUGGUCUCCCUGCCUCCCCAUACCAUCCCUGCAGGGGCCCUGCAAUUAAACCUGGAAGCCCAGAUUUAAUCCAUGCGGAGGCGGGGAAACCAUUAAGAUAUAAGGCGGGUUUGCUUUUCAGUGGGGUCAGCCAUAUUUAGUCCCUGGUUCAGUUAGUUCACGGAUCAUCUGUUCUGAAUGCGGCCUUUGUGUACAGUACUUGGGCUUUCAUAUUUACUUAAAGGGAUAAUAACUCUUUGUAUGAUAUCUAUAUUUCACAAUAAAAACAUUGUGAAUAACUCAU